AUGUGGUGUUGUUACUGUACGCAGGAUGACGAGACCGGAUCCUAUGCCUCCCACUCAGCUACUCCCACCCACAGCGACAGCUUUUUUGCCGGGUUGUCCGAAUCUCAAGUACAAGUUAUUCAGCACAAACUGUUGAUCUGUACUGAGCUCCUAUUUGUGUUUGCAGAGUAUCGAGAGGCUUUCAAGUUGUUUGACAAAGAUGGCGACGGAACCAUCACCGUAGAGGAGCUUGGGACGGUUUUGCACGACCUGGGUCAGUUUUCCUCAGAAGAGGAUCUUAACGAGCUACUGCAUGACCUAGAUGCAGACGGAAACCUCACGAUAGAUUUCGAGGAUUUCGUGGUCAUUUUGUCGUCCAUAAUCAAAGAGGAAAACGACGAAGACGACGAAGUUCUAGCGGAGGACGAUGAGAAAGACUUGCGAGAAGCAUUCAGCUUGUUUGACAAGGCGGGGGAUGGUUUCAUUGAUGCUUCUGAUCUCAGACAGAUACUUAGCUGUUUUGGUCAAGAUCUCACGGACGAAGAAGUUGAUGAAAUGAUGUGUGAAAUUGACCUCGACGGCAAUGGCAAGAUCGACUAUGAAGAGUUCGUCACUACGAUCUGUGAGCUGGCUCAGUUUCUGUAUGAGGAAUGCAACGAUGACUUAUGA